AUGGAGAGAGUAGAAUCACCUGCACGAAGUUUUAUUUCUUUCAAAAAGAUGUUCCAACGUACAUGUGUUUCUCUGCUUCGGCGUUCUCUCAUUGCCCGGUGUGCGGCCACAUCAUUAACUCCAACCCCGGUGACGCUUCUCUCAGAAGAAGAACAAUUACUUGUGGACUCUGUACGUCGAUUUAAUCAAGAUGUUGUGAAACCACUAUCCAAAAAGAUGGAUGAGGCAGAAUGUAUGGAUAAUACAAUCAUUAAGGAGGCGUUUGAGGCUGGUCUUAUGAGUAUUGAAAUACCCACAGCUCAUGGUGGGGGCGGAAUGUCUUUUUUUUCCAGUAUUCUUGCCAUUGAAGAACUUGCAAAGGAAGAUCCAUCUGUGGCGGUAUUUGUAGAUGUACAUAAUACUCUAGUAAAUAAUACCUUCUUUCGAUAUGCCACGGAGGCUCAGCGGGAGAAGUUUCUUCCGGAUUUGGCAACUCAAGCAGUGGGAUGUUUUUGCCUAACAGAGACUGGAAGUGGAAGUGAUGCUUUUGCACUGAAGACACGUGCAGAGAAGAAAGGUGAUGGAUGGGUUAUUAAUGGUUCAAAAAUGUUUAUUACGAAUGGCGCUAAUGCGGAUAUAUUUCUUGUAAUGGCGAAUGUAGAUCCAUCCAAGGGUUACAAGGGAAUCACCUGUUUUGUGGUGGAUAAACGAAAAACAGAUGGAGUAAAGGUGGUAAGCGCUGGGAAAAAAUUAGGUAUUCGUGCGAGUUCUACAGCAGAGAUAUUCUUUCAUAAUGUUGAGGUACCAGAGUCUAAUAUACUUGGAGGAAUUGGAAAAGGAUAUGCUAUUGCGAUUGGGGUAUUAAAUGAAGGCCGUAUUGGAAUAGGAGCUCAAAUGGUAGGAAUUGCCCAAGGAGCAAUGGAUCAUGUUAUGCCGUAUCUCUUUCAACGAAAACAAUUUGGUACUCGUAUUGGUGAUUUUCAAGCUGUGGAAAUGCAAUAUGCACAGUGUGCAACGCAUAUAUCGGCUGCACGAUUAAUGGUAUAUAAUGCGGCAAGGAAAAAAACAAUGCAACAACCAUUUAUAAAAGAUGCGGCAAUGGCAAAGUUAUUUGCAUCUCAAGUGGCAGAAGAAACGGCAAGUAAGGCGAUUGAAUGGGCAGGUGGUGUUGGAUAUAUGAGAGAUUUUGGAUUAGAGCGUUUUUACCGGGAUGCGAAGAUUGGUGCCAUUUAUGAAGGAACAUCUAUUAUUCAAUUGCAAACGAUCGCAAAAUUGUUAAAGAAAGAGUACGAAUGA